CUCUACAAAAUCCUGACUUGAUUGCGAUCUAGCACGCUCCAUACGGUGGCUGUAUCACGCCGCUUGUGAUUCGUGCGUGGAGGCUGCAGUGCCUGGAUGGGUACAUAGAACCAUCGCUGAGGCGGAAGCGAUUGUCCUGAGACCAAGAGACUGCCCUACCAACCAGGAUGGAUACCAACGACAUAUCGUCUUCGCACCGCUCGCGGCUUUCCAAGGAACAGCGCCGGAGGACCGUCGCAUAUGGAUACGGCCUUAUGAAGUCCACAUCGCCAAAGGAGGAUCGUUCUCAAGUCAUGCCCGGGAUUGAGCCAGGACAUAGGAGCACAUCUCGGCCAGCGGAUCCAUAUCGUCCAGAAGGCCCGCAGAGAUCAAGUACCUUUGGACUAGCCCAGGGCCAGAUGCUGCCACGAAGGAAGCGAGAGGAACUUCUCCAUGAGAGGAGGGAAACCUUUCAACCUUCAACGUACCCCCCUCCCCUAGAGCAGAGUAUCAGUCCACCCGUGCCUGCUAUGCCCAUCAAGCAGAGCACCACGAGAGCUGAGGAACGGAGGACGCACAGUUCCAGCUCUUAUACGGUUCUGACGAAACUGCUCGCGGUGGCAGAUCGAAACGAAGCUCUGAUGCGGUCCUUGCUUGCUCGAAUGGAUGCCAUGGAUACGAGAAUGCAGGCAUUGGCGUUGCGAAUGGACGAGGCUUGAGGAAGGAGUCAGGAGGAAAGGUUCCACGAUGACUUCCUUGCGAUGCUGCGGAUGAGUGAUGAUUUAUGUAGCAAAUAUCUCCAAUGCCAGUGUCCAGGCGUGUUGACGCGACCGGAAACAG